ACAGGUGGGAAACUGUAUGAGCACCUUCUUAAGUUCCCCUAACAGUAACGCGUUGUGGGAAUUAGUGUUUCGAUAUGUGUUUUGCAUGGUACAAAAACAUUCAUACUGGAUUGCAAGUAAGACAAUAAUCAUCGCGUAAUCCUAUACACAACAUUUGCUAACCAUAAGUUUGACUUCAUGUCGAGGAAACCCUAAGAUCUAGCACCUUGAGUUUCCAACAUCUCAUCACUUAUGUGUUCGAAGUCUUGGUGCGAAGAGCGAAGAAGCUAGAUGAACCUUGCCAGUGAUAGAUACUCAUCAAGUAGGCCCCUACACUGGAACAAAUGAUACUGAAACAAGAAGAGAAGGAAGGAAGCUGUUAUUACAAACUACAAGCAUAUACAGCUAUUUCCUGGUUCAUCUCUCAAGGAAUUCCUCAAUGCUAGAUGGAGGCGAAUGCCUGCAGCUAACCUUUUUUCGAAGCUGAGGGUAGAAAUCUGCAAUCCAGUUUACCUAUCGAGAAUGUGCUAACUUUCUUAUUGCUGCAGUGAGAACCAAAUAAAAAGAUUGGCGCACCGUACUCAAUCAUGGAGCUGCUCAUGUAUGUCAUGCAAAUUGGAAAAGGAGAUGAAAAUAUGGGCCCGUCGUAAUAUCACUCGAGACGUGUGUGGAAGUGUUCACGCAGUAGCUAUCGCUUUAGUGUAUUGAUGGAAUGCGAUGCUGUUUGGAUUUCUGCUCUGAUGUACAUGGCUCGGUGCUAACCUAAUGGAUUCAUUCACCAGUGAAGCGUCGACAAGUCUGUUAGCUAUCUGUUGCAUCGGAAUCUAUUGAAAUAGCUAAAUCGUUGCAGGGAAUGAAGUAAUGGGCCUCAUCAAUAUUUUGCCUGGAAUACAGUUGUGUAUUUUUUGUCACAAAUGAGGAUGUAUAUUAGGAAUUCUCGCCAGGUUAUUGGAUAUUUUUCUGUGGUCUCUAUGGCGUAUUUUGCGGCAUUACCUGUUUUUAUAGUAAGCAAACCUAAGAAUCCUUAGAUCAUGGUGAGCUUAGAACCCGGAUGAGUUGUAGUUGGACAACUGGAUUUUGUUAUAGUAGUUGGGCAGUUUAAGAGAUACAAGUUAUUUCACUAGAAGUGUUUGGUCUAUAAGGAUACGGAGACUACAAGUCAAAUUGGAAUAUUUAUUUUUUCGAUUUUUGGUGUUUCUCUGCGGAUAGUCACCAUGGCGAUGGGAAGCGGGAAAGCGAUCCGCAAUAUGGCACAUGACCUAUUGAAUAAGCAUGAGUGUGAAAUCUUAAAGGCAGCCCUCAAGCAUUUCCGAGCAACAAAGUCUGUGCCGUUUUUAUGUACUUCCUUGAUGCAGGUAAUAAACACACCUCAGAAAAUGGUGCUCUUGGAAGAAAUCUCCAACAUGCUCCCGGAAAGUCUACGGGGGGAUUUCACAAAUAUUUGCUCCAUGAAUUUUAAGGAUUAUACAAAGGAAGAUGGUGAGGACAAGAAAGUGAUUGCGCAAGAUGCCACGGGGCAGUACAUGGUGGUUGAGUCAGAUCACAGGAAGGAUCUGAUAAAACCUGGCGACAACCCUGACAAUAACUUUGGUAAGUCCAAUGUUACAGGAGUUGAUCUCAGACUUCAGGCCCCGCCUAAACCUAAAAAGGGUUCAGAGAGCGGUAGCACUGACACCUUGCAGGACGAGAACCAGAAUCAGAACCACAAUGCUGAGAAAGAUAUUGACAAACAAAAGCAACGUUUGACUUUGCCACUGAAAGGAGAGGAUGGUACACAUACGCCAAGUUCCGUGGGGACCUGUAGAACGGAAGAUUUGAACGAUUAUGUAGAUAAACACUUAGGUGUGAUUUACGAGCGUGAGUUUGAGACGAGUCCAUUGCCGGGUGAGGUCACGUCCUCAACAGAUAUCGGUGAGAUGUACGGGCUACAGAAGAAAGACUCGUCGCUUCCGAGGAAGAAGAAGGUUACUAGGAAAGAGGGCGAGGGGGCAGGAGAAAAGGGUGCUAAGGCUAAGGGUAGGAAGAUGUCACGGCAGGAUAGUGGUGAUUCGUCGACAACUGGGGCAAGUAAACCACUAUCUCGGCCACAGUCUCGUGGUUCGCAAAGUCAUGUUAGUGCAGGAGGACAUUCUACGAAGGCUUUGAAAAAGAAGGCCAGUAAGAUGUCUUUGGAUAGUCGAGAAUCUUUAGACAGUCGAGACCAAUACCUCAUGGAAGUACAGUCCAAGAAUGAUGACAAUGUUGUAGGUACGAUAGAAAUGAAUUCUUUCUCUCCAAUGCGAGUACGGAAGGUCAUAGAUCAGCUACCUCACGAGGCAUCAGAUAAGUCAAUCCAAGUUCUUUUGGACCCGAGAGAUGACCCCAGAAAUCUCCGCUGCGAAAGCACACAGACGAGUCCGAGUAUAUCCAGGGAAAACAGCAUGCACCAGUUGCCUGUAGGCAAAGGUCGAAGAAAGGCACGGUCGGCCCAAACCCACAAGGGUGAGAAGGGUGAACGGGCAGCAUCCGCACCACCAGGCGAGAAACUGGAAAACGGUGCGAAAGUACCAAAAAAAGUAAAAGACAAAAGUAACCCUAAUCAUUCUAAAUCAGGCUCACGUCCCCCUAGUUCUACGAUGACCAGGUCAUCUAGUUUGGCCCAUUCGUUAGGUGGGCGUAAUGUGGAGAUUCGUAAAGUAAAACUUGCACGGCAGGAGACUUCGGACCUUGGAUUUAGCAUCCGUGGUGGACGUGACGUUCGGAGUGGAGUAUAUAUUUCUGAAAUAGAUAGCAAUAGCCAAGCUGAAAAACAGGGUCUUCAAGUAGGCGAUAGAAUCCUUAAAGUAAACGAUGUUAGUUUUCGGGCCAUCACUCACGACGAGGCAGCAUACACCAUCAAAACGGCCGGCCGGAUUGUCAUGUUUGUGACAUCGUCAUUAAUACACAAAAUGCCAACAGAAGGAUGGUGCGAAAACUUUAAUGCACGGUCAGCUCCACCGAGCAUGAAGGGUGCACGUGCCGUAGAGAACCUCAAGUCCAUGACAGUGAAAGCCGACCCAGACGGCUGGUUGGGAUGCAGCAUCAGGGGUGGUACAGACUACGGGAUGAACCCAAUGGUUUCAAAUGUGGAUCCUGGAUCUCCGGCAGAGAAAGUAGGACUCAAAAAUGGAGAUUUAGUUGUUAGGAUGAACGGCGUAGAUGUGACCUCCUUAACCCACAUGCAGAUUGUCACAUUAGCAACAUCAAGCCGGGAAUUACGUCUUCUCAUCAAACCCAUCGAACAGCCGCAGCAACAAGAUGAGGCACGUGAACCGCUCGAAGAUCUCUCUGCCCAUGAGAGCACCCCAACCCCAACCUUUCAAAACCAAGGAACAUCACCUUCCCCCGUAGCCAGAGAAGCCCCAGUCCCAGACCAGCUACCUAUGCCAGAGAAGACUGACACGGGUAAAUCUCCAAGAGGGAAACGCAAACAGAAGAAAUCUGACAAAAAAUAUGCCUCCACCGACGCCAUCAAUCACCACCAUCACGAACACCCAGACCUUGCCAUAGCCAAAAAUGAUGAAAAUGAACCACCGGCAAUCCGAUUGGUCAACGCCACGCCGUUGAUUGAUGGGAAGUCGGAGGCCAAACCCACAGAAGAAGGGGGAAGUGCUAAAAAUAAAGAUCACGAAGAAGAACGUAAAAAGGAGAAACGAAAGUCGAGAUCGAGACAAAACCUUGCUCUCGACGAGAAAGGUGACAAAGGAAGCACGCAAGGGGACAAGGUUAAAAAACGUGACCGUCUCAAGGUUGAUGGUGACGGUGAUGAAAAGACCCGAAGUUUGGAUAGGAGGAAACUACGGAAGGAACGGGAGGAGAAGAAAGCAAAACGGGAUGGGACGAAGUCUCUUGAUCGGAAAGAGAUGGAGCAGAUCUCAAAGGACAUGAAAGAUGAACAGAUAGAGGAGAAGAAGAAGAAACGAAAAGAGCAUGCAGAUGACAGAAAGCAUGAGAGUAGGGAAGAGAAAAGGAGGGAGCGUAAGGAAGAAAAGGAGAAAAUAGCAGAAGAAAUCAAACUAAAGGAGGCAGCAGUAAUAGCUAAAGAAGCCAAGGCGAAGCAUGAGGCUAAGAAUGCAGAGAAGCAUUCAAACGAUGAGACGGAACAUCGGCGAAAGAAAUCCGCAGAAUGGUCCCGUACUGAGAGUUUUGAGGAAGCACUGCCGCAGGACGAAGGGCCGUCUGAUCGCUCUACACCGAUUAUGAAGCAAGUCGAACAUCCUGAAGAAACAGAGGAACAAUCACCUGUUGCUCGGAGAGUGUCCCCACAAGAACAGAAGAAGUCUUCACCAUCUCGGGAACAGAAUGAUGCAAUACAGGCCCAGAAUCAAGACUCUAUUCAUAAAGUCGAGAGAAAGACUCACUUUGAUAAGAAGUCUUCAGUUGAGAAUGAGCCGGUCCUUUCGCCUGAGAAAGAAGAUCAUAAAAAAGGGAGAAAAGAGCAGAAGCAUGUUGAGAAACAUGCUGAAACGUCACAUGAGAAAGUCACAAGAAACGAAAGUCGUGAAGAAAAAUUUGAAGAUUUGCCCCACAGAGAGAAAGAAGUGCAUCAAAAUGGCCAGCAUGUGGUUCAAAAUGGCGAAAGCUCCCAUAAAAAUCAUCAUAAUCAAAAGCAUCAUGAGAAGAAGAAAGCUAAACAUGACAAACAUUCUGAGAAGGUCCAUCACGAAAAAUCUCAAGAAAAAGCCCACUUAGAAGAUGAGAAACCAGCAGAAAGAAUUAAGAAAGAUCUCUCACCAGUCAAACCAAGGCAGCCCAUUGAGGUUAAAGAGGAGGAAAUCCAGAUGUCUGUAGCGAGUGAAGUGGCCAAUGGAAACUCUGGGGGUCCUCAUCACCGCGGUAAGAAGGAGCGACAAGCAUCCAAAGAGGAGAGAGAGUCUCGUCGUAAAAAGACACCGACCUCUGAAGUUGAUAGCGGGUUGCCGCCAUCAAUGGAAGAUCUAGCAGACGACAGGGACCCACAUAAAUUAAUACGCCGCAUGACGCAGGAGGAUUCUUGGAGUGAUAACAACGCUUCGUUCGAUCGCGAAGAUUUUGAUCCCGGCUCAUUGAAUCGCAAACGUCGCACAUCGGUCAGUUCACAAACGACUCAGAGCACACAAACAGACAUUAGUGGUGAGAUCAAGGUCACAAAGGUCAUGUCGGGGACGAUCCGAAUGAAUCUUGACCAACAGGGAGAUGAUCCUGCGAGAAUGGUGCUUUCGCCAAAAGAUCAUGUUAAAAAUAUAUUUCCAAUGCAUUCUUCGAGUGAUCACUUACAUCAUGACGAGGGUGCGCAAACGUAUAUGUAUGGGUCGAUAGAGGGUAUCAAUGAUGCGAAUCCGGAUAGCGCAUCGUUAGAGGAUGCGCCUCAUCGUAGUACCCGCCAUGCUCCGUAUAAAAAGUUAAGUCGCGCUGGUUCUGACGCGUCUCUUAUGAAGAAAAAACAACAUGGUAUUAGUCUAAAGCACAAAGCUCCGUCUGUUAGUAACCUCAUGUUGGAGUCCUCGCCUGGAGUUCGUCAACGGCCUUCUAGGUAUGAUAAUUAUAACAUGGAAUAUCCACCUCAGAUACGAGAUUUGCGGCUGUUGGACUAUUAUGAGCCACGUGUGCGGUCAUUACCGAGGGGAAUGCCCGGUAUUGACCGCCAUGACGGAAUGCACACCCUCCCUAGAAACUAUUCGUUCACUCGUGGACUGCCUGACGAUUAUGAAGAAAGGUACUACAUGAAACGUGACCCACAUUCUGAGUAUAGUGUGAGUUCUACGAAGGAACAUGGUAAUGUCAGAACAAAACUUCCAAGGGACAUACAUUCUGAGUACAGCAUACGAACUGCUCGUGAAGAAUAUGAGCCUGACCGAGACCAGGCGUGGUACGAUGACAGCUUAGAAUCAAACUGGCGUAUUCCAUUAGACAAGGAGAAGAAUGUGUCACAUGCUGCGGACCUUCGCGGGUAUGAGUCUGAUCACAUGAUACGGCAUGGUCGAGAACGAGAUGACUCUGGAUCAAGGUCCGUUGCAGGUGAUCGGGUUGAAGGUCGGCGUUACUGUGAUAGAGACUUUGAGCCAGUGCGUGGCAGGUAUUACUCUGAAAAGGAGUACCGCAGGUGGUUCCCGGAACAGGAAUACUCACGACGGCCGUAUCUUGAACGUGAUAAUUCACACGAAAGACGCUACUUGGAUAAGUAUUACGAUAGAGAUUUACCUAUGAAGGAGUUUAUUGAUAAGCCUAGAGAGUACAAGGAAAAAAGGCAGGAGAGAGAAGCCGACAGGAGUCGUGAGCAAGAAGGAGAUAAAACCCUUGAUCGUGACAUUGAAAAGGAUCGGGAAAAAGAUUUUGAAAAAAGAGAACGGGAGUUUUUCGAAUACAAUCGUGAACAAGAAUUAAAAAAGAAAGGAGAACAAAAGUUAAUUGAGAAGGGGCGAGAUAGAGAUAAUCUGGGUAAAAGGCAUGAGCGGGAAUACAAAGAUCAUAAGCAGGAGAGAAGGUUCCAUGAGACAAGGGGAGAGGACGACCAUUUAGACAAAACACGCGAACAAGACUACCAUGAAUAUAGUCGAGAAAAGGGUUAUACCGAGCAGAGUUAUGAUCCGUAUGGAGAGAAAAAUCGUGAUCGGAAUCCAUAUUCAGAUCGAGAUCGGCCGCAUAGCUACGGACCUCCUGGUUACCGAUGGAAUCCUGAACAUAAUGCGCCUUAUGAUAAACGCGCUGAGUAUGGGAGGAGGGAUAGCUUGCCGAGAGAGAGUCAGUAUGAUAGACCUUACAUGGGCCAGGCAAGGCGCAGGGAGCGGUCAUUUGAUUUAGGUUUAGAGCGCGAGAGAUCCUUUGGUGCAAUGUCAUUUGGUGGUUAUGAACACGAGGACAGGCGUGAGAGGGAGUAUUCAGGUUCUCAAGCUUACCGGCCUGGAUAUGGUGAGCGGCCACUGGCAAAUAGACCUGAGCCUGGUUACCCUCCACCUGAAAAAGUCAUACCAGGUCGUCAAGGUAUUUACCUACCAGACCCAGAGCAAGCGCGCCCUCCAGGUCCUAGUGCAGCGCGACCGUAUCUCGAUCCGACGUUUUUGCGGCAGCCACAGCGUUUGGCCCCUCCUUUUAACACUGAACAAACUUCAUUAUCCCGGGAGUCUUUAGAUCAUGACACAGAUAAUGAGCAUGUAGAUCCGCGGGUUAAUAUGUCUUCCCCUUUUGGUGUGGAACAUUCGCAGUCACAGCCAACGAAAGAGAAGCCAACACUGUACCAGCAGACUGUUGGAUCCUUGGAAGGGCAGGGGAUACGAAUACAGUGGAAGAAACCACCCCGGGAACUCGAGCAGUUUGCUCUCAAGGGCGGUCCACUCCCUUGGCACUCGCAGCAACAAUACAGUCAAGACUCCGAUACCAGCAGUGAAAAGUUAAGAAACUUGAGUUACGGCUAUAGUAGUUUUUCUGAACCAAAAUCCGCUGUGAAAAGGUUUGAUUCGUCUUCACCCAUUUCAACGGAGAGGGAGGAAUUCCAAAACUCAUCUGACUUGUCUUUCACUCAGAAUCCUUUAGAUUUCCAUUCAGGCCCAAGUGGUGUGAAUCGUUUAAGCGGUUUUCAUGUUUCUCGGGCAGAACAAAACGUACUUAAUGAUGAGAAACCAGGUAACAAUCUUGGGCGCAAUGACACGUUUUUAAGCAACACAGACAAUGAUUUUGUGGUGAAGAAUAACAAAGAUAUCCGUUAUCCAAUGGAUGAAUUUGACACACUGGGUGAUGAGACGGACCAAAUGACAAUAAGUAGCCUUCCUCCUGAUGACCACUGUGAAGAUGGUUCAGAACAAGAAACAGGCCUGCCUCCUGGCGGUGAUGGGAAGAAACCUGUGGAACUCGAAGAGCACAUUGUUGUUGAGAAUUCAGUAGGUUUGUCUUGUGAACCUUCCAUGAAUUUGGAUGCACCUUUGGAAGAUCUGAGACCAGCGAAAACAUCGCCCAGUUCACGUCCGCCCCACAUGAGACAGACCAGUGAAGAGGAGGAGUGGAAUAUGUAGACCAUUUUACCCAUGUCCAUCUUUCUAGAAAGAAGUUGUCCUGGCUUGCUUUAUUGGUAUACGCGAUGGGUAGUAUAACCAUCGCGUAUCCUUGUCAUUGGUAUCCUCCAAUGCAAGAUGAUUUCAUUUCUACUGGACGUCAGGGCUAUCUAGGUCACUUCAUUAUUGAGAGGGAAUGAGUAAGAUUGUUUACGUAUUGGCCCACCACUGUAACCAUAUAUCACUAGCUAAACAGGAAGUUCAUGCGGUCUUUUUUGACACUUUUGAAAGAUCUCAGGUCGGGGGAGUUGGUUCCUCUGAUGUGGCCAAACAUUUGUGCAAUAUGUGUUUUAGAUGAUGUGUCGUAGUUAGAAUGGAUUGUAGUUGACCUGUAGUGGACUGGAGGGAUACAUAACAUGUUCUGCAAGUAGAUACGUGAUUGCAGAUGUUAACAAUCGAUUUCAUAUACCGACGUUGAUUUUGCAUUGACAAAAUUAUCGUCCUACGGUUGGUUGUUUUGCCUUCAGUCCUGUGGGUUGGAGUUUGCUUUUAAAAUGGAAAAUUAGUCGGCUUUUCGUGAUGGCUUUAAACGGGCUUUAUGCUUCUUUGACGUGUAAAUACUUGAUUGGCUGCGAUUAUAUAGAGUUCCAUUCUCACAUGUAACGUGUCACUGUUCACCUUUCAUGCGUGACAUGAAGAACGAACAAGUCAUUUCCAAAGAGCGGGCUACAUACGAUUCACGAUGUCACUUUUCACACUCACGUCGUGUUUUCAAACCUGAGUCAGUUGACUCGUGACAAGUGAAACAUGACAAGUGACCACAUGAGCCCUAUAUAAUCGCGGCCUGGUAGAUACUUCACUCACUGAGAGUGUCGAAUAGGCGAAUGGUAAAGCUGGGUGUAAGGUCAGAAUAUCAUUUUGUGGAAAUACUACAAAAAUCCAAUACGCAUCCACGACGGUUGUAAAAAUAAUCAUUUAGUCACGAAAAUUUUUAAGUCUUUUUAACAAGAUGAGUUUGUAAAUAUACUGGAACAAUUUGUACAAUAUAUAUAUCUAUCCGAUGAACUUUGUAAAGUGUUGUCAUAUAAGUAUUUGUACAUGAAUUGCUGUCAUCAUUUCAACUCAUCUGUCAUUAUAAAGCCUCUCUCCUCUGUGCAAUAUAUGAAAUAUGCAUACAUGCCACCAUUGAUAAGUUUAUACUCUCAAAAGCUAUUCUUGACAUGAUCUGAAGUCCUGUUUCGCCACCACAUGAAUUGAUUGGUGGUGUUACAGUGGUUCCAUCUCGUCUCACCAGACACAGGCACCUUGUUGAUGGAGUUCGCGAGUACAUAGCAACUCUGCGCAUGCAAUGUGCGUAUACUUACAGAACAACUUUCAUUUUUUGGCAUGUGUGAGCAUAUUUGAAUUGUUUUGAAAAUUAAAAAUAUAGGCACAAUACCUAUUUUUUCUGUAACCUAUAUGUACGGUACCUGAGUACAAGACCAUGCUGAGUAUCAAAAUCAUGACGUCUUCUAUAUGGCUGGGGUCAAAAUGCUAAAAAAUGCAUAACACUUUUUGAGUUUUUCAAUGGUCAGAUAUUCUGCCAAUUAAAAACAUAGCUAUAUAAAUUGUGUCAUUUUGUUAUAAUACAUAAGUUACGUGUUGUGACUGCCUAAACCUAAAUUAUUCCUGGUCCACUUUGUGUAUAUUCAAAUCUAGUCAAACAAGUAUAUUUCAACAAAUAAAGUGUUCACAUAAUGACGAUA